UGACCUAAAGCCUCAACAUGAAACUGUUGUACAUAUUCUUCAGUCCCGUCCUAGUUCUCUUACCAGUGGUAAACUGGAGCGAGGGGCAAUCGUACCACAACAUGAGCAAGUUCUUCGCAAACAUGAGUUUCGGUCAGGUGCAUCGCGGCGGCUUCAACAUCAGCGAAUGCACCGAAGACUUGAUGAAUUGCUGGGAAAACAUAGUCCCCGACAACAUCUGCCACCAGUGGAUUAUAUUCGGCACCGUGUGUGACACAAUGCGCGAGUACUGCCUCGACAUGGGCGCAGAGACGUACACCGUCAGAUGGUGGCACCGCUGGUUCAUCCGCGAGAACAAUUGCCUGUACUGGUGGUACACCUACGCCGAGUCGCGGCGCGCGGCGGCGCCCCCGCCCCCGCCCGCGCCCGCGCCCGCCCUGGCGCGUCUCGUGCGCUUCCGCGGCUCGUACAACUUCCACUUCGUGCCCGAGCCGUGA